CCUGUGCGUAACGUAGACACGAGGAGGCGGGUGUUGGACGGGGGCGGGGCUGAGGCCGGCCGGCCGGCGGACUGAGCCGCUUUGGCCGAUGCUCCGCGCAGGAGCUGUCAGCGAGGGAUUCGUAAGGUACAAUUAGAUUCCAAAAGAGACCUCCACUUUCCAUUUACAACAUUUCUCCUAUAAGAAAAGAUGGAAUUCCCGAGGGACUUCUUUGUUCUGGAUUUUCUUAUUACCCUGCCAUGCAUUUUGUUGUCACAAGCAGAUGUUUAUAGCCCACAAUAUGGAAUUGAAAAUCUGGACAUCUUACCUUCAAGGCUAACGUCUGUAAAUAUGUCCAAUGUAUUUUAUGGAAUCAUGUUCGAUGCCGGAAGUACUGGGACACGAAUACACAUAUACUCUUUCAUUCAGAAGGGUCUUGAACACCCUCAAGUGGACAGUGAAAUUUUUGAAUCUGUAAAACCUGGUCUAUCAGCUUAUGUAGAUGACCCUGAGCAGGGUGCAGAGACUGUACGAGAACUACUGGAUGUGGCAAAGCAGACAAUACCUUCAACCCACUGGCAUUCUACCCCUGUGGUAUUAAAAGCCACAGCAGGACUGCGACUGCUUCCAGAGCAGAAAGCCCAAGCUUUGCUAUUAGAGGUCCAGGAACUAUUUGAGGAUUCUCCUUUUUUAGUACCAGAUGACUGUGUUAGUAUAAUGAACGGCACGUAUGAAGGAAUUUUAGCCUGGAUCACAAUAAACUUCUUGACUGGUCACUUGUACGGUGCAGGUGAAAACACUGUCGGAAUCCUGGACUUGGGAGGUGCUUCCACUCAGAUUACUUUCCUCCCUCAGGCAGAGAGUACACUUGAUUCUGCACCUAAAGAUUAUAUAAGUUCCUUUGAAAUGUUUAACAAUUUCUACAAACUGUACACCCACAGUUAUUUAGGUUUUGGACUGAAAGUAGCAAGAUUGGCGGUUCUAGGAGCAUUGGAUGCAAAAGAUGUUGACAACAGAAGAUUUGCAAGUUCAUGUUUACCACAAUCUUUGAAGGCUGAAUGGAAAUUUGGUGGAAUUAACUAUAAAUUUGGAGGAAUGAAGGAAAUUCCUUCUAGCUUCCAAUCCUGCUACACUGAAGUUAUGAAGGUGAUACAAAAGAAACUUGAUCAGCAAGAUGAAAUCAAAAGGAGGACAUUCUAUGCAUUUUCGUAUUACUAUGAUCGAGCUGUAGAUGCAGGAAUUAUUGAUGUUGAGAAGGGUGGCAUUAUACGUGUGAAGGAUUUUGAAAUGAAGGCAAUAGAAGUGUGUGAAAACUUCAGUAAAGCAACCAAAGGUAGUCCCUUUCUAUGCAUGGAUCUGACAUACAUUACUGCCUUACUCAAGGAAGGUUUUGGAUUCCAUGAUAACACAGAACUACAGCUGACCAAGAAAGUAAAUAAUAUUGAAACUAGCUGGGCACUAGGAGCAGCAUUCCACCUCAUCCAGUCACUGAGGAGCACUGCAUGAAUUGUAAAGCAAAUCUAAUGAGACACUUUAUUUAGAGGGGCACUGACCCACGUGAUUGUUACCUGUUUUAAGUCUGAGCACUGAUUUAUGCCUGCAUCCAAACUGGACUCCAUUCACUGAAAACAAGUCGGAAGUAUGGUCUACUGACUUCUACUGAGUCUCAUUAUUUCAUGAGGAAGUGCUUCGUCAUUUCAUGAGGAAGUGGAGUGGGAGGAUGCUAUAUUGGCAUAUUUUUGACUUGUCUUGGAUAAAAUUAGCAGAAAAGUAAAAUAAUCAACCUUAAUAGAUUUUCAAAGGCAUUGCCAUCUGAUAGUGGUAAUCCUCAAUCUCAAAGUCAAUAGGACAGUAAUUGUGCUAUGCUCUCUUCUACUGAACUUGCAGAGAAACUUUGAUAUACUUUAAUCCUUUUCAAAAUUAAUAACUUAAGUUGGUCUGUGCUUGCUCCUACUGUAACAAAACUCAAAAGUCUGCAAAAGAAAAUAUUGACGUAAAUCAGCUCUAAACCUUCAUCAAUAACAGCAGGUAUUUUUAAACAUGUUCAGAUUAGAGUUUCAGUGAAAAAAUGCCUGGAUUUUUAAAAAUUACUCAAAUUAAAUAUUGCAGCAAAUUCGAUUUUACAUGUAGGUUAUUUUUCUUAGAAGGUUGAAUUCAAAGUUGAUGGAAUUUUUUUUUAAUCAAUUAAAAUGGUAGAAGCACAAGAACAUUAAACCUUCCUAUUAGAACCAGCGUUGGUUGUACAAGUAAAUUGAGAGUAUGCUGUGGGAAAGCCAAGAAUCGACAUUUUAACCUGAAGAAUGUGGGAGGUUGUUAUUCUCUACCAAAAUUGAAUGCCUCCCAGUGACUUUUAACUUGGACCUGUUUUGCCAGGAGACCAUUAUCUGAUAUCAAAUUGUUUGGAGGUGGUAGGAAGUGGACAAAAUAAAUAUAAAGCAAUUAAGCACUGAAGAGAUUGUUGGGAGAUACUGCUCCUUGAAAACCACAAAUGUAUAUAAAUCUAAAUUUUUAAAUUGUGACUGUAAUAGAUAUGUUACCUUGUGAGUCAAUUUAACUCUUCAAUAAGUUUGAAUUUCAAAAGUUCAAGUCACUGUGGUACAUCUAAGGUUCUGCCUUAACCAGACUUUCAUCUGUUACAUACUUUCCUUACGAGCUGCCACUCUAUGAAAACCUGCAGCAGUAUGAUGUUGUUUGUAAGACAACUCAGGAUUCUGCUUACCAUACUGUUUUGAACAGCAGUUUUAAGUAACUAACAAAAAUUGGUCUGAUCAGGUAUUAAAAUUAUGUAACUUAAACAUUUAAUUCAACUAGCUUACUUCCAGUAAUCCAAACUGUGCCAGAAAGUUGCCAAAUUUAACUGGCAUUUCUGGUAAAUGUAGUGCCAAGGGUAUCAGAGAUAAUAACUGUUAUCUCGGAUUCUCCAGCAUCUGCAAGGUGCAGAGCUGGAUGAGCACAGCAGGCAAAGCAGCAUCAGAGGAGCAGGAAAGCUAGAUCCUUCAUCAGAAAGCUUUCCUGCUCCCAAGGUGCUGCUUGGCCUGCUGUGUUCAUCCAGCUCCACAUCUUGUUAUCUCAGUGCCAACAGCAUGUUUCACACUACUUAUAAAUUUUCUGUUCUAUACAGCUGGCUGCUGGGUUUGGCUCAUCAGAUUCUCUUGUCCAAUCACUGUCUCAGAAAUUUAAACAUCUCCGACCAAAGCUGUUUCAUUUUCAGAGUCUAGCUUUUUAACCAACAAAAGCUCUCAAAGUAGGAGAGUAUUGCUGGCAGAGAGAGAGAUUCUCACGUGACUGCUGUGUGCCAAUGAUUGUGGUUAUAUUCUGUCUCCUGGUACAAAAUGUUUUGCUGCUGUUAUUCAAAAAUGAUGUAUACUGCACUCAUAUGACAUUUAACUGCAUGGCUGUAAAAAGUGAUUUUUAUAUAAAAUGUUCACUUGCAGUAA